GCGUGUUACACCCUAAAUAUUCCCAUAUGUUGGUCACUUGUCUACUGAAGGAAAAAAAUGCGUUUUGUCCUUUGAUAAUUGGACGAUUUAAAAAAAAAUGAUAUGCAGGGAUAUUGGUGCUAAGUUAGCAUAAAUGUCGGACACCGGAGGGGAGUGGCAGGUAGCUCGGCGACGAAAAGGUGCGUCGAGGAGCUCAAAGUCUCUUCAGGUGUCUGCAGCAUGCGGCCAGGAGUCGCUGGACGUCGGGAAAACCGUUAAACGCAUCAGAGACACCAUGUCUGAACUAAGAUGCGAAGAGUUUUGGCACGAUUGGAAGGAGCAGCUCUUGGUGGCGGCAUCAGCAUCUCUUUCCAAAUCUCCAGCGGACAAGGACGCUGAGGACCAGUCGGAGCGGAUCCCCAGGACAUGCCAGCAGCUGGAGUGUGUGUGUUAUGGCCUCGGUCCGUUUGCCUCCUGUGUCUCAGCCCGCUACCAGCUUGCCAUGUUGCUUCUUCUACUGGAAGCAGGACAGAUUCCUCUAAAGGACUGCUCAGUCUAUGAUCCAGUCUUCUCUUCUGGAGAGAGAGAUGUUUUGAGAGACCUGGGUCUGACUGUACUCUCAGAAAAUGAGGAGGGGAAACGUUUGGUAGAAAAACCCACAUUUUUUUACCUGAUGCAUUGUGGGAAAGCCCUCUACAACAACCUUCUGUGGAAGAACUGGAGUGCACGGGGUCUCCCUCUGAUGAUAAUCAUCGGAAACAGCUUCAGUGGGAUGAGGGAUAGAACGAUCGAGAAAGAGUUUACGCGAGACUACAGCUACAUCAGUAAGGCUGUGGAUUUUAGUGUGGAGAGAAAGCUUGCAUGCCCAUCUCAUCUGAUAGACGUCUUCAAUGACACAGCAGUCAUCACAUUUCCUUCCAACAGCCUUAAUGGACUCCCACAGUCUACCUGGGCAGAGUCACCUGAACCACAGUACCCACACAGCCCUGAUUUGGAGAUUAUACUGAAGGAAACUCAGAGCUGAGGCAGGAGAUGGAUAUAGGACAUUUGUUAUUGACUGUUGUCAUUCAUAUGACAAGUUGUUUUUUUAAAUGGACCUGUUGUACUUUUACUUAAUUAUAUAUGGUGACAAUGAUGGGUUUUCAUAUUAAACAUCAACCAAGUUUCAGAGUUUUCCAGUGAGCUAGAACCUCAGGCAUCAGACUGCUCUAAACUAAGACCAUCAGAGAACCUUAAUUUGGUCAGUUCCAGAUGUAUGGGACAGAAGCCCCACCCACUUACUGUUCAAACCCUCUGUUUGUCAGCAGAAGCCAAUCAAAAGAAAGCUGGCAUAAAAUGGAGAGCUAAAACAGCUUCUUUACAAACAGUGACAAAUUGAGGGGCUGGGCAUGAAGGCCCACUAUAAAACAAGGAUUAUUUUGAGCUGUGGACCAUGCAAUCUAUUCAAGAGCACAAGAAUUAAAAAUUGUUGGAACAAAUCCUGCUCAUGUCUGACUUUAUUCAGCCGUAACAAAUUCUUUAAUAGAACUGUAACAUUUUGUGUGUCUGGUCCUGAAUUAGCCACGAUACAACCAAAGUAUGCAAAAGAGCAUAUCUGAACACACAAUGUUGAAGCAGGUGAGAUUCAGCAGCAGAAGACCACACCGGCUGUCACUCUUGUCAGCUAAGAACAGGAAACUGAGGCAAUGAUUUGCAUGGAUCCGUUCUGCCUUAUAUCUAUAAUUCAGGCUCGUAGUGUUGUUUGGGAGAUUUUCUUGACACUUUGGCUCUUUAGUGCAAACUAGGCAUUAUUUAAACACCACAGUGUGCCCAUCUUCUGAUGGCUGCUUCGAGCAAAAUAACAUGUCAUAAAGCGCAAAUCAUAAACUGAUUUCCACACCCCACCAAGCAAACACACAUUAGCAUGUUACAAAAAAAUUCAACUUUUAUCAACUCCACAGAUUUUAUUUAUAAUCACAUUAAUAGAAAUUCUCAUAGGGUUGAACAGUCACAUUGGUAAUUUAAGUAUAUAAAGACAAUAAGUUGUAUUUCUUAUGUUUGGACCAAUCAGAUUCAGUUUUAUAUAGAGUAGUAAGAUUUUAUAAAAGCUAACCCUUUUUAUUUUACAGUCUAACUUCCAGUGCUUCAGCUCACAUGUGUACAAAUAGAACUUUAAAUUUG